AUGGCAACCAGCGGAAAAAAACAUGUAAUGCUUUCCUAUCAGUGGGAUAAAAAAUCGACCGUGUUGGAAAUCUACGACAAUCUCAAUGCUCAAGGUUAUGCUGUAUGGAUGGAUGUAAAAGGAGGAAUGCGCGAGAACUUGCAAGUUAGCAUGGCAGAUGGCGUCGAAAAUUCUUGUGCUGUUGUUUGCUUUCUAACACAAGCUUAUCAAGAUUCAAAAAAUUGUCGGAAAGAAUUUACCUAUGCAGAAGAAUUAGGCAAAACUAUAAUCCCUGUCUAUAUGGAAAGCAAGUGGAAACCAUCCAGCUGGCUCGGUGUCAACUUAGCAGGUGCUUUAUACAUCAAGGGAUCAUCACUUAGUACUGAGUGA